CUCACAUUGGGAAGCGGUGUCCCGUUUGCACCCAACUUAUGUAUUUCGAUUGUCGUGAACAUUGAACCGAAUCCACGGGUGUUGUUAGUAACAACAUACCAAGCCAUAUUUAUCUAGACAUCCCUGGAAAUGGCGUCUUGUCACGUGAGAGGACCCCAAUUGCUAUCACGUACAGCAUUAUGUGAAUGUGGUCAACCACCGCCAUGGAAUCUAUCCUUACCCCCAUGUAUAAUCGACGCAUCGUUUUUUAAGUGGUAUAUUAUUCUUAUUGGUAUUAUAAGCUUGACUGUAGUGAUAAUUAUUAUUAUAAUAAUUAUUUGGAAAAGGAAAAAGUUUUCUAACUGCGUGCUUUCUGCUCCUUCGGCGACGGGCUCAGACGCACCCCAUAGCGAGAUUCCAACUCCUAUAAAAACAAAAGCGUCGACAACUCAGCCGCCAAAUACUGACGACGAAGAGAUGAACAACUCCACAGUAAGCACUAGCUCGAAGAAAACUGAUGAGUCUUCCGGAUAUUCCAGUCGAACGAAUUUAUCACGAAGUACAGACGGACAAAUGACACCAGUCGAGGUGUGA